GGAAGGUUUAUUGCCAUGGCUUUGUUUCAUGGCAAAUUCAUAGACACUGGUUUCUCGUUACCAUUCUACAAACGUAUACUAAACAAGCCGGUGGGUCUGAAGGAUUUGGAAUCUGUUGAUCCAGAGUUUUACAAUUCCCUGAUCUGGAUAAAAGAGAACAACAUAGAAGAAUGUGGUCUGGAGAUGUACUUCUCAGUGGAUAAGGAGAUUCUCGGGGAAGUAAAAAGUCAUGAUCUCAAGCAAAAUGGAAGCAACAUCCAGGUGACAGAAGAGAACAAAGAGGAAUAUAUCAGGCUGGUGGCAGAGUGGAGACUGUCUCGAGGAGUAGAAGAA